CGUGAGAUUGGCUGAGUCUCUGUGGUUACAAAGUUGGGGGAGGAGAAGCCGACAGUGGCUGGAAUGAUGGCUGAUGAAGAGGAAGAAGCGAAGCAGGUCUUGCAGAAAUUGCAGGAAUUGGUGGAUCAACUCUACUCAUUUCGAGAAAGCUAUUUUGAGACUCAUAGUGUUGAGGAUGCAGGGCGGAAGCAACAGGAUGUGCAGGAUGAGAUGGAGAAGACCGUGCAGCAGAUGGAGGAAGUACUGGGUUCUGUCCAGGGUGAGGCACAGGCUCUAAUGCUGAAGGGGAAGGCACUGAAUGUGACUCCUGAGUAUAGCCCAGAGGCUGAGGUGCUUCUGUCAAAGGCUGUGAAGCUGGAGCCUGAGCUGGUGGAAGCCUGGAACCAGCUGGGUGAGGUGUACUGGAAGAAAGGGGACGUUGCUGCUGCCCACACCUGCUUCUCAGGAGCUCUCACCCACUGCAAAAACAAAGUCUCCCUGCAAAACUUGUCAAUGGUGCUUCGCCAGCUGCAGACCGACUCCGGAGAUGAGCAUUCUCGCCAUGUCAUGGACAGUGUCCGACAGGCUAAGUUGGCCGUGCAGAUGGAUGUCCUUGAUGGCCGCUCCUGGUAUAUCCUGGGGAAUGCAUAUCUUUCUCUAUAUUUCAAUACUGGCCAGAACCCUAAGAUCUCCCAGCAAGCCCUCAGUGCCUAUGCUCAAGCAGAGAAGGUCGACAGGAAAGCGUCCAGCAAUCCCGACCUUCAUCUGAACAGGGCGACGUUACAUAAAUAUGAAGAGAGUUAUGGGGAGGCCCUAGAGGGUUUCUCUCAGGCAGCCGCACUGGACCCUGCAUGGCCAGAGCCCCGGCAACGAGAACAACAACUCCUGGAAUUCCUCACUAGGCUAACCAGCCUUCUGGAGAGCAAGGGGAAGACAAAACCCAAAAAACUCCAGAGUAUGCUGGGAAGCUUGCGUCCAGCCCAUCUGGGCCCCUGUGGUGAUGGGCGCUAUCAGUCAGCCUCUGGGCAGAAGGUGACCUUGGAGCGCAAGCCACUGAGCACACUGCAGCCUGGUGUGAACAGUGGUACUGUGGUCCUGGGAAAGGUGGUGUUCAGCCUGACCUCAGAGGAGAAAGUCCCCUUCACAUUUGGCUUGGUAGAUUCCGAUGGUCCUUGCUAUGCAGUGAUGGUGUACAAUGUAGUGCAGAGCUGGGGCGUGCUCAUUGGGGACUCUGUCGCUAUUCCUGAGCCCAACUUUAGGCAUCACCACAUUCGGCACAAGGGAAAGGACUAUUCCUUCUCCAGUGUUCGGGUGGAAACGCCUCUCCUGCUGGUGGUGAAUGGAAAGCCACAGAACUCUAGCAGCCAAGCCACUGCCACCGUGGCUUCGAGACCGCAGUGUGAAUGACCUUGUAGGGGGAGUGGAGGCCCAGAGAUAAGCUCACCUGGGUGUCGUGAAUGGAGACUUGUCUUCCUCUGCCCUGUAACAUAGUUCGAGCCUCCUUUCUUUUCCUGUGGUAUUCCAGCCCCCUUCAAAGCCGUCACUACCCCUGUUCAUCUCCCCUGCCUCUUCAAUGACUUAAAGGAAGAACAAAGCACUAAUGGAACUGUUGGGACCCUGUUAUGGGAGACUUUUCCCCAUCUUGAGAUGUUUUGACAGUUCCCAAGAUCCCCGUUCUUGCCUUCUUCCUGAGUCUAAUAUGUAUGUAUAUAUCUGUUUACUAUUUAUUGCUGAGGGGCUUAACUUUUCUAUGGCUUCAUUUUUGAGAAUUUUUAAAAAAAUUUUUUAGAUUUAAGUUCUGAUAGGUGUGGUGGCACACCUUUAAUCCCAACACUUAGGAGGUAGAGGAAGGUAGGUCUCUAUGAUCGAGUCUAGCCUGAUCCUAUAUAGGGAGUUCCAGGCUAGCCAGGACAACAUUAGUGAGACCCUGUGUCAAAAAAAGAAAAAAAAAGUUUUUCCCUCCCUUAGGGUUGGAACAAAAUUAAAUUUGUUUGGAAAAAAUUUA